GCAUAAAGAAAGUAGAGCAAAGCAUAGCAUUGGGAUUUCGCUCUCUACAAUUUUAGGGUUUUCUAUUCACCUUCGUCCCCCUUUUUCUCUUCUCUUCUUCUGCCGGUUAUUAUUCUUAAUUGAAUCUUCUGAAUCUGCUCGACCGGUGACGAAUUCAGGGAAAUCGAUCUCUAAGUGGAGAUUGGGAUUUGUUGAUUCUCGAUUGAAUUUGGGAAUUAGGGUUUGCGAAUUGGACGAUGAGAAGUGGUUGCGAUCGGGGAGGGUUUGAUCGCCGGUAAUCGGCGAGAGGGUUCGCGGUCUCGAGAGGGUUUGGGGUUUUGUAUGGAAACUCGGAGCCGGAAGCGGGCGGAGGCCACCUCAUCAGCCCCUUCUUCUUCAUCCUCUGGUCCCGUCACCCGUUCAGCCAAGCGAGCUCGUCUCUCCGCCGCCUUGUCUUCAGUGCCCACUGCUACUAACGCAACCACCGCCGUCUCGACUCGGUCCCGAUUUACUCGUUCACAAGACUCAUUGGCUUCUUCUGCUGCUCCCAUGGAUUCGAGCAACGAGGGUUCUGGCUCUGGUGGCCGUCGCGAGUCCGGUGGCCGACGCGGAAAGAGCCACGACAAUUCUGACAAGGGCAAGGAGAAGGAGCAGGAAGUUAGAGUUAGAGACAGAGAGAGGGACGCCGAGAGGAGCCUAGAGUUGAACAUAGACGGUGGCGGUAGAGACGACGAUGACAACGAGAGCGAAGGCGGAGUUGGGAUUUUGCACCAGAAUUUGACCUCUGCUAGCAGUGCACUUCAGGGGCUUCUUCGAAAACUGGGGGCGGGAUUGGAUGAUUUGCUUCCAUCAUCGGCAAUGGGAUCCGCGUCUUCGUCCCACCAGAGUGGGAGGCUAAAGAAGAUUUUGUCUGGGUUGCGAGCGGACGGAGAGGAAGGGCGACAAGUCGAGGCGUUGACUCAGCUUUGUGAGAUGUUGUCGAUUGGGACUGAGGAAUCACUUAGUACUUUCUCCGUGGAUUCUUUUGUGCCAGUGCUCGUUGGGCUGCUUAACCACGAGAGCAAUCCGGAUAUUAUGCUUUUAGCGGCCAGGGCGCUGACUCAUCUGUGUGAUGUGCUUCCUUCUUCUUGUGCUGCGGUUGUGCAUUAUGGUGCUGUUUCUUGCUUUGUUGCUCGAUUGUUGACGAUUGAGUACAUGGACUUGGCUGAACAGUCGCUUCAAGCUCUAAAGAAAAUAUCUCAGGAACACCCUACUGCUUGUUUGAGGGAAGGUGCCCUAAUGGCAGUGCUUUCAUAUCUCGACUUCUUCUCCACUGGAGUCCAGCGAGUGGCAUUGUCUACUGCAGCGAAUAUGUGCAAGAAACUUCCUUCAGAUGCAGCUGACUUUGUGAUGGAAGCUGUUCCUUUGCUGACUAAUCUUCUUCAGUACCAUGACAGCAAGGUAGUAGAGCAUGCUUCUGUCUGCUUGACUCGAAUUGCUGAGGCGUUUGCAUCAUCUCCAGAUAAGCUCGACGAGUUAUGUAAUCAUGGACUUGUUACACAAGCUGCCACACUCAUUUCAACAAGUAAUUCUGGAGGUGCUCAAGCAUCUCUAAGCACACCAACAUACACGGGGUUGAUCCGGCUGCUUUCAACAUGUGCAAGUGGGUCUCCUCUUGGAGCCAAAGCUCUACUUCUCCUUGGGAUCAGUGGUAUUCUUAAAGAUAUACUAUCAGGUUCUAGCCUUGUUGGUAGCACAUCUGUGUCACCUGCCUUAAGUAGACCCUCAGAGCAGAUUUUUGAGAUCGUGAAUCUUGCAAAUGAGCUUCUUCCGCCACUGCCUCAAGGGACAAUAUCUCUUCCAGCCAGCACAACACUUGUUAAAGGAUCCCACUUGAAGAAGUCACCUGCGAGCAGUUCUGGCCAGCGAGAAGACAUGAAUGGUAGUGUAACUGAGGUUUCAGCUCGGGAGAAGUUAUUAAAUGAUCAGCCAGAACUUCUGCAGCAAUUUGGAAUUGAUCUUCUUCCAGUUCUAAUUCAGAUAUAUGGGCCUUGUGUGAAUGGUCCUGUGCGGCACAAAUGUCUUGCAAUCAUUGGAAAAUUGAUGUACUUUAGCAGUGCAGAUAUGAUCAAGACUCUAAUAAGCGUCACAAACAUAUCCAGUUUCUUAGCUGGAGUUUUAGCAUGGAAAGAUCCACAAGUCUUGGUUCCUGCACUUCAAAUAGCAGAGAUUCUGAUGGAAAAACUUCCUGGGACUUUCUCCAAUAUGUUUGUGAGGGAAGGGGUAGUUCAUGCAGUGGAUGCUCUUAUAUUAGCUGGGUCUUCUGGUAGUGCUUCAUCCCAGCCAUCAUCCAAUGAGAAGGACAAUGAUUCUAUUCCUGGAUCUUCAUCACGUAGACGAUAUCGACGGCGUGGUGCUAACUUCAAUGCAGAUCCACAUUCUGCUGAAGAUUCAAACAGUCCAGUUCCAACUAUCAGUACACCUCCAAACUCAGCUGAAAUUCCUACCAGUAACUCAAGUCUUCGUAUGGCCGUCAGUGCAUGUGCCAAAGCUUUCAAAGAUAAAUAUUUUCCUUCUGAUCCUGGGGCCAUUGAAGUUGGAGUUACUGAUGAUCUUCUACAUUUGAAGAAUCUGUGUACAAAGUUGAAUUCUAGUGUUGAUGAUCAAAAGACUAAAUCAAAAGGGAAGUCUAAAGCCUCUGGGUCUUGGUUCGCUGAAUUUUCUGCUAGUAAAGAGGAGAACUUGGUAAGUGUGAUAUCUGAGAUACUUGCAGAACUAAGCAAGGGAGAUGGUGUGUCCACUUUUGAGUUCAUUGGGAGUGGAGUUGUGGCUGCUUUACUGAACUAUCUUUCUUGUGGAUGCUUCUCCAAAGAGAGAAUUUCAGAAGUUAACCUUCCCAAGCUUCGUCAGCAAGCGCUCAUAAGAUACAAGCAAUUCAUUACAAUUGCUCUCCCUUCUAGCAUUGAUGAAGGAAAUGUGGCUCCAAUGAGCAUCUUAGUUCAGAAGCUUCAGGAUGCUUUAUCCUCCUUGGAGCGCUUCCCUGUUGUGCUGAGCCACACUUCUCGAUCAUCUAGUGGACAUUCGCGAAUGUCAUCUGGUCUUAGUGCAUUGUCUCAGCCAUUUAAGUUGCGUUUAUGUAGAGCACAAGGAGAAAAAUCACUACGUGAUUAUUCUAACAAUAUUGUGUUAAUUGAUCCAUUAGCUAUUUUAGCAGCUGUGGAGGACUUCCUCUGGCCCAGAGUUCAAAGAAGUGAAUCUGGGCCGAAGCCUUCAGUGUCUGGUGGGAACUGUGAGUCUGGGACAGGAACUGCCACAGCUGGUGCUUCAUUGCCAUCCACUCCAGCUUCUACUACUCGUCGCCAUUCUACUAGAUCUAGAUCCUCUGUUAAUAUUGGAGACACAACUAAAAAGGAGUCAUCACAAGAUCAAAAUGCUAGCUCAUCAAAGGGAAAGGGUAAGGCUGUUCUGAAGUCUGCUCAAGAGGAGGCCAAGGGACCUCAAACAAGAAAUGCUGCAUCUAGAAGAGCAGCACUAGAUAAAGAUACACAAAUGAAGACUGUAAAUGGAGACUCGAGUUCUGAGGAUGAGGAUCUGGAUGUAUCUCCUGUAGAGAUUGAUGAUGCAUUGGUGAUUGAAGAUGAUGAUAUCACAGAUGAAGAUGAAGAUGACCACGAUGAUGUCCUGGGAGAUCAUUCUCUCCCUGUUUGCAUGCCGGAGAGAGUACACGAUGUGAAAUUGGGUGAUCCAGGUGAGGAUAGUUCUGUUGCACCUUCAGCAAGUGAAAGCCAGUCCAAUCCAGCUUCUGGUUCUAGUAGCAAGGCAACUUCAGUUAGAGGCUCAGAUUAUACCGAAUUUAGGAGUGGGUCCUCAUUUGGUUCAAGAGGUGCAAUGUCAUUUGCUGCUGCUGCCAUGGCUGGGCUUGCAUCUACAAAUGGUAGAGGUGUGAGGGGUGGAAGAGAUCGGCAUGGGCGUCCCCUAUUUGGUUCCAAUGAUCCUCCCAGACUCAUUUUUUGUGCAGGUGGGAAGCAGCUUAACAGGCACUUGACCAUCUAUCAGGCUAUCCAACGCCAGCUUGUGCUAGACGAGGACGAUGAGGAGAGAUUUACAGGAAAUGAUUUUGUAUCUAGUGAUGGAAGUAGGUUGUGGAGUGAUGUUUAUACUAUAACAUACCAAAGGGCAGACAGCCAGAGUGAUAGGGGUUCAGCUGGAGCAUCAAAUUCUACCGUUACAUCUAAGUCUGCCAAAGCAGGGUCCAUGCCAAAUUCCAGCACUGAUUCUUCUUUGCAUAGAAUAUCACUUCUUGAUAGUAUUUUGCAGGGGGAACUUCCUUGUGAUUUAGAAAGAAGCAAUUCUACUUAUAAUAUACUAGCACUGCUGCGUGUGUUGGAGAGUUUGAACCAGCUUGCACCUCGAUUAAGAGUCCAGGCAGUGACUGACACUUUUGCUGAAGGAAAGAUUUCAAGUUUAGAUGAACUUAAUUCCAGUGGAACCAGGAUUCCUUCUGAGGAAUUUAUUAAUAGUAAACUCACUCCAAAACUAGCUCGACAAAUCCAGGAUGCUCUUGCACUUUGCAGUGGAAGUCUUCCGUCAUGGUGUUAUCAGUUGACAAGAGCAUGCCCAUUCUUGUUUCCUUUUGAGACUCGACGUCAGUACUUCUAUUCCACUGCUUUUGGGUUGUCUAGGGCUUUGAAUCGGCUACAGCAGCAACAGGGUGUGGAUAGUCAAGGUUCAAUCAGUGAAAGAGAGGUUAGGGUUGGGAGGUUACAACGCCAAAAAGUGCGUGUAUCUCGUAAUCGCAUUCUAGAUUCUGCUACAAAAGUUAUGGAGAUGUAUUCGAGCCAAAAGGCUGUGCUUGAAGUAGAAUAUUUUGGUGAAGUUGGUACUGGUUUGGGUCCUACUUUGGAGUUUUACACCCUUUUAAGCCAUGAAUUGCAAAAAGUUGGACUUCAAAUGUGGAGGUCAAAUACUAUUUCAGACAAACCUUUAAUGGCAGUAGAUGAUGAACCCAAAAAUGGGACAAUCAGUCAUGAGACUCUACCAGGAUCAGCAAGUGAUGGUGAUUUUGUCCAGGCUCGUCUUGGGUUGUUCCCUCGUCCUUGGUCCCCAAAUAUUGAUGCCUGUGAUGGUGGCCAAUUCUUGAAAGUAGUUGAAUAUUUCCGGCUACUUGGGCGUGUGAUGGCCAAGGCUCUUCAAGAUGGGAGACUUUUGGACCUGCCAAUGUCAACAGCUUUUUAUAAGCUUGUUCUUGGACAGGAGCUUGAUUUGCAUGACAUUCUUUCUUUUGAUGCUGAGCUUGGGAGGACUUUGCAAGAACUGCAAGCUCUUGUCUGCAGGAAACUGUAUCUUGAAUCAAUUGGUGGGCAUACUUCUAAAGAAGUUGCAGAUUUACAAUUGCGUGGGACUUCAUUUGAGGAUCUGUGUUUGGAUUUCACGCUGCCUGGCUAUCCAGAUUAUGUUCUGAAACCAGUUGAAGAUAAUGCGGAUAUCAAUAACUUGGAUGAGUACAUAUCCUUGGUGGUUGAUGCUACUGUUAAGACUGGAAUUACGAGGCAAAUGGAAGCAUUUAGAGCUGGGUUCAAUCAAGUCUUUGACAUCUCUACUCUGCAAAUAUUUUCUCCACAUGAACUGGACUAUCUGCUUUGUGGCCGUAGAGAGCUGUGGGAGGCUGAGACACUUGCUGAUCACAUAAAAUUUGAUCAUGGAUAUAAUGCCAAGAGCCCUGCAAUUGUUAAUUUGCUUGAGAUAAUGGGAGAAUUCACUUCAGAACAGCAGCGAGCUUUCUGUCAGUUUGUUACUGGUGCUCCUCGGCUUCCACCUGGUGGUUUGGCAGUGUUAAACCCGAAGUUGACAAUUGUGAGGAAGCAUUCAUCGACAACUGUUAACACAGCAACUGAUGGAAGUGGAUUAUCAGAAUCUGUAGAUGAUGACUUGCCAAGUGUAAUGACAUGUGCUAAUUACCUCAAACUUCCUCCUUAUUCUACCAAGGAAGUUAUGUACAAGAAACUACUCUAUGCAAUAAGUGAAGGGCAGGGAUCGUUUGAUUUGUCAUGAGUUUUCCAAACUAACCAAUUAAUUUGUGCAUAGUAUUAUGUUGGAAAACUUUCGUGCUCGUGAUGAAAUGACUAAUUUUGGCGGUGGGAGCAAGUAGCAUUUGUCCGUGCUGAAAUUACAGCCUCUUUUGGGUACUGGCAGCAUUUUGAAGGUUCCUCAAAUGCCAUUUGAGUGACGUACUUGGGGAAGAUGAUCAAGGAGCUUCUCUGGAGACUGGAUUUUGUUGUUUGGGGGUGGGGCGGGGGGGUGGGGGGCGCUUCUGCUCCAUAUGCCUGUAAAUAAAUAGGAAUUUUAUGAUUAUCAUUAUUCAACAACUUAAAAUGGCUGAAGAAUACAUGUGCAGUCAUGUCUCUUCUCUCAAACCUUUCAUUCUGCUCAUAAAUACAAGCGGUGUAUGUUCCUCUGAUCAUUUUUCUCAAAACAAUAAAUACUAGUGUAGAGCAAGAUGAAAGGGGAAAAGGUUGGUUUUAUUUUCUUUGGAGAAUGACUGUGAUGUGGUUGGGACUUAUUUGGCUCCUACCAUGUCUUGGCUGUGGCAUAAAUGCGUACAACUACACACUCAAGGAACCAAAUAAAAAGUUUAGUUGAUGGCAUGCUUG